AUGACGGGACACCGCAAGUUACGACCAAACCAAGCUGAGCGACAGAAAAUACCAGACCUCACGUCGCAGUUCUUCGGCCGGAAUAACACUCGGAAGCGCUGUCGCCGGCACGACACGGCCAAGCCGACCACGGCGGCUUUUCCGCGACCGACAUCUCCUUUUGGCGUCUCGUGAGUUUAAACCAACAAAAAAAGGGUGAACUUUUCCACUUUACAAAAUUCCCGCGUGUCCGUAUAGAAGCGAAUGGAUCAUUUCUCACUUUUUGCGACUUCAGGUCCGCAGUGUCUUCGGAACCGAAUAACGUUUCAAUAUUAAUGGAUGAGUCAAACAUAAAGUUGGUUUUCUGCUCGAGAGGAGAUGAUCGAGUGUUCAGUCAAUCGAUGAAGGCAACACCAGAAACUGAAGAGAAGAAGGAAGAUUCGAAUCCAUAUUUCGAUCCCGAGUCCGGCGGCCUGUUCCAUCGAGAUUCUCUGCCCCUGGAUCGGCACACCGACACCGAACAGAACAACUCCAUUUGGUUCGAUUCUUUCUCAUCAAAAGUCGUUUUGAAAUGAUAGUUAUAUCCUUUUUACUUUUUCACAAAAACAAACGCCAUUUCUUAUUAUAGAUAUUAUUAUAAUGAUUCAGCUUAUCUCAUAUGGAAAUUUUUAAAAAAAUUGUUUCAAAUAUGGAUUCAGCACGGUGUUCCCAAACGGGGUGGGAAAACGUCAAAAAAAAAUUUGGCGCGAAAUUUGAAAUCUCGAGUACAGAGCCGAAGGCGAUCGAACAAACAAGUUAUUAACGUUUGAUACUCAGUGCAUUUUAUCCGGUGCGCGCCCUUACUUUUUUUUUGUUAAUUCAGAAACUUUGACGCCUCGCUCACCUCCCUUCACCCCAUUAGGAAUGCCGUGUUCAGCUGGAUGUCCUUGAUCUCUGCACUAACCUGGGUUGUACGUUAGUUUUGAGAAGACACAUUUUCAGCGAAGUUCUGGCAUCACUUGGUCUCUCCAACCGCCCACAGUCUCCGAUGUCAUCAUUCGAACUCGAAUUCGCGUCCAUCCUUCAAUCUGUCCCUCCACGAGUCAACGCGAAUCCUUUCGCAGCGUCGAACCGCAAGAAGUCGGGCUCGAGAGGAAUAGAUAAGCUCCGUCCGAUGUCAUUCACUCCGCUCGAACCGUUCUUCGUGCCGACCAGCCCCUCACCUCCUAGUCUUCCACCAUCUCCACCAGAACUCAGGAAGAGCUUCUCAGCAGCCGUUUCCGAAGAGAAGCUUUCACCGCCAACGUCUUCAGCCUCUCGCAGGCAACAAGUGCGCAAGACAGACCAAAUGCCUCCUUGGUGGAAGACGCGAGCUUUCUCCUCGGCCACUUGUUACUAUCCGCAGAACGCCAAGUCGAAGAUGGCAGUUGGAGGUCUUCCGCCUUUGAUACCACCUGAGAUCGAAUCUUUUGCAUCGCCCAACUUUGAGCAGCGCGCCGACCUUGCAGCGAAGUAUGUUCUUCUACCGCAGUUCUAUUUUUAUUUUUAUUGGUCAGGAAAGAACGCUGGGCCCGAAUGAAGGCGAAAAAGAAGAUGUUGAGGCGUCCUGUUGAAGUCGAGAACUUUGACGACGUCGAUGUCGAAGAGGAGAUCCUAGGAGGGAAAGGAGUGAUGCUAAAUCACAUAAUUCAUCAAGGUAGCUUUUCCACGACUUCCAUUCGACUGUUUUCCAUUAAGGCAGCAGUGGUCCCUACACUGACGCAGAGCUUCUCCGGAAGUACCAGCAAGACGUGGCCUACGUGAAGGAGGCCAUUCUCAAGGAAACCGAGGGCAACGUCGAAAACAUUCGAGUGGGAAGGAAAAUCUUGUCAUCCAUUUCUUUGUGUAGGAUCUGCGCUUUCUUCUGGCUUCGGUCCAGACCUAUGGCAACAUUGACGGCGUCUGUAUGGUCGCCGAGUUUGCGAUGAACGAGUUUACGCUUCUUUCUGGAAUUGUCGAAAGAGUGAGUGUGACAUUUUCUAAUCGAAGACGUUUCCCGUCUAGUUGCACGCUAUCGUCGGUCCUUGGGUCUUGGAGAAUGAGACUCAGCGCCGUCGGGCCAGUCGACACGCCUUCGAGACGCACCAGAUUCCGUUGCAGAACUCUUUCGCCACGAUGUCUAAGAAAAAAGUGGAGUUUAUCAACUCAGGACAACUUUCGAAGUCCUAGAAGUACAUAAUAUUGACCAGACGUGCUAAUGAGGGAAAGCUUUUACAAAGAAGGUCGUUUAGUGAGAAACUCGGAAAUGUUUUAAAAACUUUCUUAAAACGUCCCUGAAGGUCUAAAUAAGAUUUCCAUUGUCGCUGCUCACAAAAACACUUUAUCUAAAUCUGGGACAAAUUCCAAGAAUCCUUCAAAAAUAAAAGUUUCUGAAGGCAGCCACUGAAAUUUCUAGGCUUUCAGAGAAUGUUCAGCAAAAUUUUCAGAAAUUUCGAGCUUCAUAAUAAAAUAUUUAUUAUAAAAUGAAAUCAUUCCUAAGAGCGUAUUGAGUAUCAAAAAAGUUUCAUGAGUGCAAUCCCUUUACAAACUUUCUUUCAUUCAAGCUCGUCGAAGAGAUUCUCGGACGCUCAGAGCCAAGUAUCGCCUAUCGCCAGGGCGUCAAAGUGGGGCUUUAUAAUGAUUCGGUGAGUACUCCUUCCGUUAUUUUCAUUGUCCGAAGGAAAUUGCAGUGCGACGAAGCCUUCAGAGUACACCUACACUUGAAAAACUCUUUCAAGGGUGAGAUUUUUCGAAGAACUAGCUGAAUGGACUUUUCCAGACGCGGGAAUGGUUCUCGAUGCCAAUGAGCGCCGCUUCAUCCUGGUGCUCCAAAGCGAAUAUCAUUUGAUGGUGGAAUCGCUCAAACACCUCGCACAGAACGUCGGUCUACAGUAUGAAGGUUUUCGGAUUUUUAUGUCUCUUGGAUUUUUCGCACUUCAGGCUUCCCAAUGACAUCGGAACGGUUCAUCAUCGUUGAGGCGUUUGUCGACGCAAUCGCCGAAAUUCUGGGAGAAACGGUCAGCCAAGAUGUGUUUCGCUGGUUCGGAGAUCUGACUCACAAAAACCUCGAAUCGGUAAUAGUUCUACGGGAAACUAUCCUAACGAAAUCUUAGAACGUGACGCCUUGGGAGAAAAACGUGGACCUGAUCUGCGGACGACACGCGGAGCUCAAGUCGGCGUGUUGUGCCCAGGCGAUCGCCUGCAGGACCAACUUUUUGGUCUUGCACGUCCUUGGGAACAUCUUCAGACGCUAUCAUCUCCGCAAGUUCCCAGCCAUGCGCUCUCUUCCGUCGCCGGUCAUGUCCAUUUUGCCGUCGCUGUGUGGGGCCACCUUCGACCUCGAAGCUGCGGACAUCCAAAUCUAG